AUGGAAACAGAAGACGACAAUUGGGGAAGAAGCUCUUCAAAAUUGAGUGAACCGGGAAACCAAACUUUCACUACACCAAAUCAGAAGUGGGAAGAUGCUUCAAUCAAAAUGGAUAUGGAGCCACCUACUGCGUUAGAGCUCAAGCAUGGGAUCCAAGAACGAUGCUUACCAAUCUAUCUUCAUCUGAUCGUCGGACGCAACGGCGGGCAGCAGCUUCACGGUAGUCGUCAAGACAACGAGCUCGUGGCCUCAGCAGCAGCAACAGCUCAUAACGACUGA